GGGCCUACAGGUGUCCGGGGCCGCCAGCAAGCGGCGCUUUUCAGCCCGAACCCUGCUGCGGCUCUUCCCCCCCUGAAGAUGUCCACAGGGCGGAUCGAGUUACUGAACUCCAGUCUCUGAGCUCCAGACAGUCGCUUCGCCGUUAGCCUCAAGACAACAGAGGAAACUACCGGACACUGUCCGUCUGUCGGGGACAGCAGCGGCUCCACACUCAUGCCUUGAUAAAGGAAAAGAAUCCAUGUGAACCUGAGGGUCUGAAAAUGAUAGAAACAAUGGAUACCCAGCGUGCCUUACAGGCGGUGGAGCGUCUACAGGCCAAACUAAAGGAGCGAGGGGAGGUGCCCACCGAGGAGAAGCUCAGCCUGCUCAAAUCAGUGCUUCAAAGUCCCCUGUUCCACCAGAUCCUGGCCUUGCAGAAGUCUGUCCAGCAGCUCAAAGACCAGGGUAACGUCACGUCAUCGAGAGGUAGUGACCUCGGUGAUAACGGCAUACCCACUGUGAGCCAUGCCUCCUACUCAGACACCUCAGCUGCUUCGCACAUCAAUGGGAAAACACCGCUGGAGGAUGUUGACCAGAUUAUUCACUCUAUGGCACAGGGGCGCUACGUGACACAGGCGGAGCUGCAGAAGCCGUCCUCAGGAGGCCUUGGCUUCAGCGUGGUGGGACUUAAGAGUGAGAACCGCGGCGAGCUCGGCAUCUUCAUUCAAGAAAUCCAGCCGGGAAGUGUUGCUCACUGCGACGGGAGGCUCAAAGAGGCGGACCAGAUUUUAGCCAUAAACGGUCAGCCACUGGAUCAGACUGUGAGCCACCAGCAAGCCAUAGGCCUCCUGCAGAGUGCUUCAGAGAAGGUGCUGCUCAUUGUGGCCCGAGGGCCAAUCCCCCAGCUGACCAGUCCAGUGGUGUCCCGCACGCCUUCGGCUGCUAGCACGCUGUCGGCCCACUCCAGCGCGUGGCAGCAUGUGGAGACAAUCGAGCUGGUGAACGAUGGCACCGGUCUUGGUUUUGGUAUUGUUGGAGGAAAAACUACAGGAGUCAUCGUCAAAACUAUCCUCCCUGGAGGCAUAGCUGAUCAGGAUGGGCGCCUGCGAAGUGGGGAUCACAUCCUGAGAAUCGGGGACACUGACCUGCACGGGAUGGGCAGCGAACAGGUGGCCCAGGUCCUCAGGCAGUGUGGCAACAGGGUGAAGCUGGUGGUCACCAGGGGUCCUGUGGAGGAGCCUCCCUCUGCCGUCAUGUCUGUGGUGCUCCCCACCGUCACCGAGCAGCAGAGCGGUGAGGAAGAGGAGGCUGAAGCAUUCGAUGUGACUCUAACCAAGAACGCACAGGGACUGGGAAUCACAAUUGCUGGCUACGUUGGAGAUAAAAACUCAGAGCCCUCAGGGAUCUUCGUUAAGAGCAUCACGAAGGACAGCGCUGUGGAUCAAGACGGACAAAUUCAUGUUGGAGACCAGAUUAUAGCUGUGGACGGUGUAAACAUCCAGGGAUUCACCAAUCAACAGGCAGUGGAAGUGCUCAGACACACCGGCCAGACGGUCCAUCUUAAGCUGAUCCAACGGGGCUUUAGGCCUGAUGGAGUCCCUCCCGCCGGACCCCCCGGUGUCUCUGUCUUGUCCUCUUCCGCCAUCAUCCCCACCACCACCGCUGUGAUGGAGAUGGAGCUGGAGAGGAAGAAAGCAGAGGAGCCCGUUGAAGUCACCACAGUGGAGAAGCAUAACCUGACAACAUGUGAAGGAUCAGAUGUCGGCCCGGCCGUGGAUCAGCCACCAAAAGACAAACAUGAGUUGAAGUUGACUCCGUUUGAAGAGGAAGAACUGAAGAAGAAGUGGCUGGAGAUCCUCGGUCCUAGUAAUGAAGUUAUAGUGGCUCAGGUGGAGAAGUUCACCGAGAGCAGCGGUCUGGGCAUCAGUCUAGACGCCAACAGUGGUCAUCACUACAUCUGCUCCGUCCUUCCUGAAGGACCCGUUGGUCGCUGUGGCAAGCUGUUCAGUGGGGAUGAACUAGUUGAGGUCAAUGGUAUUUCCCUGAUUGGUGAAACCCACAAAGAGGUGAUAAGAAUCUUGAAGGAACUUCCCGUCUGUGUCUACAUGACCUGCUGUAGACCUGCUCCUGAUCUUCAGACCAACAUGGACACCGUCCAACCAGAUUCAGAGUCUUUGUCCACAGCCUAUACAUUAAAGAAUGAUAUCGAGCUCAGCAGUGUGGUAGUUGAAGACUCAGAGGUGAACACUGUUACUGCGACACAGGAUUGUAUGACAGAGGAGGCGUUAGCAGCUCCUUUGGCCAUGUGGGAGUCGGAGAUCCAAAAUAUUGAGCUGGAAAAGGGAGAAGGGGGGUUGGGAUUCAGUAUUUUGGAUUACCAGGACCCAUUAGACCCCACCAAGACGGUGAUCGUGAUCCGCUCCCUGGUUCCGAACGGCGUGGCGGAGAAAGAUGGCAGGCUGUUGCCAGGAGACCGACUCAUGUAUGUGAACGCCACAGACCUGGAGAACGCCAGCCUGGAGGACGCCGUCCUGGCCCUGAAGGGGGCCAAACUGGGCAUGGUUCAGAUCGGGGUUGCCAAACCGCUGCCUAUUGACACCAGUGACGGGGACCUGUCUGACGAGAAGGCGCUGUUGGAUCACACCUAUUCUGGGAUGGAGGACGACACGUUCCAGGCCUCCAUGAUGGCGCUCCACGGCAGCAGCUGCAGCGUUGACUUGGAUUUCCUGCACUCGUCCACACCAAGGCUGACAGCUCGCCUCGACGUGUUGGACCUGAGCUUCGCAGCCUCGUCGAACUUUGCAGACAACACUCCGGCGUUCUCUUCGGAGAAGUCGGCCUCUUACGCUGCGGCCAGUUUGACGGGUCACAUCCCAGCCAUUAGCGCCAUCCUAAGCUGCUCGGAUCAAUACUUGGCCCGGCAGCCGAGCCAAGAAGAGCCAGCGGAGCGCUCCGACUCGUACAGCCCAUUCUCUGAGAUGGGAGGCAGAGCCGCCGUCCAGGAGGCCAAUGAAUGUCAGAUGGAAUCUGCCGUUUCAUUUGGAGAUACUGGAAAUACUUUGAAGGACGCCGGCGUGAAAGAAUCUGCCGGAGACGGCGACAAAGCGGCGCUGACCCCCGGGAGCAGCUUCGAAAGGACUAUCACAGUUGUCAAGGGCAACUGCAGCCUUGGCAUGACAGUGAGUGCCAUGAAAGAUGGUCUGGGUAUGCUGAUCCGCAGUAUAAUCCACGGGGGGUCUAUUAGCCGUGACGGACGGCUGGGGGUCGGCGAUCUCAUUCUGGCCAUCAACGGCGAGCCCACCACCAACCUGACCAACGUUCAGGCUCGAGCCAUGCUCAGGAGACACUCCCUCAUCGGACCAGAGCUGGGAUCUGCUUGUGCACCCGAGGACGAUCUGUGCCCGUUUUAUGUCAUUACUUAUGUCCCAGCUGAGUAUCUGGAGGAGUACAAGGCCAGCGUGGAGCAAACUAAAGACGACGUCUUCACAGAGUCAGCCUCAAAAGAUAUUUCCAACCUCCCUGAGCGUGAAGACGGAGAGGGAGAGGAGAGCGCCUCGUACAGCAACUGGAACCAGCCUAGAAAAGUGGAGCUUUUCAGAGAGCCGGGCAAAUCUCUGGGGAUCAGCAUCGUCGGAGGACGGGGGAUGGGCAGCCGUCUGAGCAACGGAGAAGUGAUGAGGGGCAUUUUUAUCAAACACAUCCUGGAGGACAGUCCUGCGGGACAGAACGGGACCCUGAAGACUGGGGACAGGAUUGUGGAGGUUGACGGUGUCGACCUGAGGGACGCGAGUCACGAGGAGGCUGUGGAAGCCAUACGAAGGGCAGGGAAUCCAGUUUCCUUCCUGGUCCAGAGUAUUAUCCACAAACCCAGGAUCAACGGACAAGUUCUGUACGGCCACAGUCAUCAGAACGCCUCAGCUAUAAUCAAGAGUUCUCCGUCUAAAGUCAAAAUCAUCUUUAUCAGGAACACGGAGGCGCUGAACCAGAUGGCUGUGGGACCUGAGAGGGAGCACGAUGGAGACGCAGAGGAGCCCCACGCCGAGCCAAAACCAACUGCAGCUGACGAUGACGACUCUUCAAAACAUGCUCACCCCGUUGUAAAUGAAGAUGGAGGACCUGUUGACCAGACCACAGAGUCUGGAGUUGAGAUCCAGAAUAUAUCUGAAGUGAUGGGACACACUGGAAAGGAGUUCGAUCAACUCUCAGCUGUAAAUGGAGAAUCGGUGCUCGGAUACGUUGUUGAAAAGUCAACUUGUCCAGACAGAGGGAGCUCAGAGGGACUCUCCAUCAGCCUUCCCAGCAUGCCAAGCACAACCUCCAGUACCUUAAGUCAACUAGAGGCAGAAACCGUCACAAGUCUCAGCCGCUCGUCCACCCCGUCCACUCUGACCUGCGACCCCGCGACCUGUCCCAUCAUCCCCGGCUGUGAGACCACCAUUGAAAUCUCCAAAGGCCACACGGGCCUGGGCCUGAGCAUCGUGGGAGGCUGUGACACCCUGCUGGGGGCCAUCAUCAUUCAUGAAGUUUAUGAAGAAGGAGCCGCCUCCAAAGAUGGCCGACUGUGGGCAGGGGACCAGAUCCUGGAGGUAAACAACAUCGACCUGCGAGCAGCCAGCCAUGACGAAGCCAUCAACGUGCUGCGGCAGACCCCGCAGAAGGUUCGGCUCACGGUCUACAGGGACGAAGCUCAGUACAAGGAGGAGGAUCUGUGGGACUCCUUCACCGUCGAGUUGCACAAGAAGCCCGGCCAGGGUUUGGGUCUGAGCAUUGUGGGGAGAAGAUCGAGGGAUCACAGGAGCGACACGGGGGUGUUCGUGUCCGAUGUGGUGAAAGGAGGCCUAGUGGAUGCCGACGGUCGGUUGAUGCAGGGCGACCAGAUUCUGUCGGUCAACGGGGAAGACGUGCGGUCGGCCACUCAGGAGGCCGUUGCCGCCUUGCUCAAGUGCUGUGUGGGACCAAUCAAGAUCGAAAUGGGGAGAUUUAAGGCAGGCCCCUUCCACUCUGAAAGAAGGUUUUCUCAGAGCAGUCAGAUUAGUGACACAGGCAGCUCCAAGGUGGCCCAUCUCUCUGGUUUGGACUCGGGAAGUCUUCAUGGCGAUUCAGACAAACUAAGCAAAAGUCCGGAGCCUGCAGAGCACCAGGACAUCAGAACUGUGGAGCUCACCAAAGGUCCCGGUGAUUCUCUGGGCAUCAGUAUCGCGGGUGGACUUGGCAGCCCUCUGGGGGAUAUACCCAUCUUCAUCGCCAUGAUGAAUCCUGCUGGCCUGGCUGCUCAGACGCAACUCAAGAUUGGCGACCGAAUCGUCAACAUUUGCGGCACAUCGGCCGAAGGCAUGAGUCACUCGCAGGCUGUCAGUCUGCUCAAGAGCGCCACGGGCACAAUACAGCUGCAGGUGGUAGCAGGUGGCGACACCACCGUGACGGGUCCCCCUGAAACGCAGGAGGGCGGGGGUCUGACGCCCAGCUGCAUCUUCCAGGAUGACAUGGGCCCACCUCAGUACAAGACCAUCACUCUUGACAGAGGACCCGACGGACUCGGCUUCAGUAUCGUCGGAGGGCACGGCAGCCCCCAUGGAGACCUGCCGAUUUACGUCAAAACCGUUUUCGGAAAGGGGGCGGCGGCAGAGGACGGGCGUCUGAAACGUGGAGACCAGAUCAUCGCCGUUAAUGGUCAGACUCUAGAAAGCGUCACUCAUGAAGAAGCCGUCGGCAUCCUGAAAAGGACCAAAGGAACCGUGACGCUUACCGUGCUAUCCUAAACACAAAAACUCAGAGACACUCUGUAGUAAAUAUGCUUCCUGCAUUUGCACCAAAUGUCCCGCAAAGACUGAAAAUUAAAAGAAGACACCACAGCAGUAUUCAUUCAACCUUUAUUUAUACAGAUUAAUCACAUUGAGCCUCGGACACUCAUUUACAAGUGAGACCUGUUUUAGACGGACAAACAGAAAAAAGUAAUGAAAAGAGAAAACAAGAGUGGGGAGGGGAGGUAAAAAAAAAAGUAUCUCGCACUAUGUAUGUCCUGGCCAGGGCACAGUGUGAGAGUUGAAAAAAGACCUCGCACAUAAAGAGUUGACAUAAUGACAUCAUAAUACAUUUAUGCAUGAGGAGACCGACAAGGGCAGUGAGUCGUCCGUGGACUGCCAGAAAGUUCCAUAGUCCUGAGAAGAUGGCACAGUGUCUGUCAGCUGGCUCAACUC